UCCAGUCAGGAGUUUAAAGGGCAGAGUUGUGAGACUCCCAGGCAGUGGGGACCGGAUUGCCUGACGACAGACUCCAAAAAACAACACGGUUCCCCGAAGAACAAACAGCUAAUGUUGACGCAACCUAACUGGAAUAAUCGUGUCGAUUACUGUUUGCUUGGAACCGAAGAGGAGAGGGAAGCACGGGCGUUUAAUGAGCGCCAGAGGAUUCGUUUCUCCUCAUCCGCCAGCACUUCUGGGUCCCCACUGAACACCGCACAGACAAACAGCUAUGCAGCUCGAAAUCCAAGUAGCGCUGAACUUCAUCAUUUCAUACCUGUACAACAAACUCCCGCGGCGGCGAGUCAACAUCUUCGGCGAGGAGCUGGAGAGGCAGCUGAAGAAGAAAUACGAAGGACACUGGUACCCCGACAAGCCAUACAAAGGAUCCGGGUUCAGGUGCAUCCACGUGGGCGAGAAGGUGGAUCCGGUGGUGGAGGGAGCCGCUAAAGAGAGCGGGCUGGACAUCGAGGACGUCCGCAACAACUUGCCUCAGGACCUCAGCGUUUGGAUCGACCCUUUCGAGGUGUCCUACCAGAUCGGGGAGAAGGGAGCGGUUAAGGUGCUAUACGUGGACAACAGCGGAGAGAAUGGCUCCGAGCUGGACAAGGAGAUCAGAAACAGUUUUAACCCGGAGGCUCAGGUCUUCAUGCCAAUCAGUGACCCGGUGGGCGUCUCGUCAGAGUCCAGCUCGCCCUCGCCGCCUCCGUUUGGCCAGUCGUCAGCCGUCAGCCCGUCCUUCAUGCCGCGCUCCGCCCAGCCUUUAACCUUCACCACCGCCUCGUUCGCCGCAACCAAAUUCGGCUCCACCAAGAUGAAGAACAGCGGACGCAAUGGCGGCAAAGUUGCACGCAGCUCUCCCACCAACCUGGGUCUGAAUGUCAACAGCCUCCUCAAGCAGAAAGCCAUCUCCGGCUCCGUGCAUUCGCUCUACGGUUUCGGCCCGGGAAGUGCGUCUGCGCUCUCUCCCAACGCCAAGGAGUUCGUAUUCCCCAGCCUCCAAGGCCAAGGGAGCUCCAGCGCCGCGUUCCCGAGCGAGAACCCGCUCAGUCCUCUACACUACAGCGAUGCCUUCGACGUGUUUGCAGCCUACGGGAGCGUCAGUGACCGGUCGCUCGUGGAUGGCUUAAACUUCAGUCUCAGCAACAUGCAGUAUUCAAACCAGCAAUUCCAGCCGGUCAUGGCUAACUAACGUUCACGUGAUUGUUGGCGAACGGCAAAGACGCACAACUGUGGAUUUGGAAACCAAGAUCCCUGUUAGUCACUGAUAAGCGCAUGUGCCCAAGGGUGUUUGUUUCCCUUUGAUUAUUUUCUCCCUUCAAUCUUUCUUUCUCUGCCCCCUUGAGUUCGUACUAGAAAGCUUGUGUUACACACACACACACACGUCCGAGUUCAGUUACAUCGGUCAACAACACGCGUCUUUUCCUUUUUUGCCAAUAAAGCAAAAAAAUUUUUUUUUUACUACAUUUUUGGAAGAAAAAUACUCUAAAACAUUGUUAAAAAAAAAAGAGAAAAACACAGAAGCUUCGAGUUCUGGCCUCUUACAGUAUUUUAAAGUUGGUAAGACUUGGCUGAUUUUUAAGAAAUUGGCACUAAUGCAUCUCUAUCUGGGGUUACGUGGUCUUUUUUCUAAUUGUAUAAUUUAAUUGAGUACAGAGUUUGUAAAAUAUCAGAGUAUAUAUAUUGUUUCUACAACACGGUAUUGCAUUUAUAUCUUUUUACUACUCCAGUGAUCUGUGAUGGCUGCAGAAGCUUUAUGUUAUAAUAUAUUUUGGUUUUUCUUUUUUUAAAUUGCUAAAGAAAUUCACCUUUAAAAAAAAAAAAUGUAAAAAAAUAAAAAAUUCUAAAGAUUGUAUACAGAAUAUUCCUUUAGAGUUGGAAUUUCAGUGUAGGAAUAUUUGCUUUUUUGAAACAAAAAGAGUUGUAUUUUCUGUUAAGAGUUCAACAGAUUUUGCUAUAUUAUGGACAAUGUAAUCGUCUAUAUUAAUUUUGUACCUACAUUGUGCAAUACUUGAUAAAAUAUGGUAUAACAAAGUAUUUUGAGUCAGUGUCUUACAUGUCAAGAGGGACUGAAACCGUUUAUAUUAAGUUUGUAUUAAAAUGCUUGGAAAUAAUAAUAUGCUUGUCUUUUAUUUUCUUUUUUUUUAUUUGACAUUUGCACCCUGGAUUUUUUCAAUAAAAGAAAAUUUAGGCAAGAACAAA